UAUUAUUUUAAUUUUUUUUCUUUCUUUUUGUGCCAAAACUCAUCCGUACAUCAUGGCAACAUCGAACGUACGAUCGCGUUCAACGAAUAAUAAGAAAGCGAAGAAAGAUACAGCAGCGCAGAAGCCCUCAGCAAAUGCAGCUCCUGUUAGCGAGACCACUGUCCCCAAACCGUCACCUUCAGAAAUUAAGGCUGUUAGAGAAGCGCAAUCAUUCUUGAGUGAACAAGGAACUUUUACACUAUCACUAUUAUCGGCAUUCCGUAUCUUAUUUAUCAUCCGUUGUUGCUCUGCACUAUUCAGAAUUAUCGAUGAUUGUGACGAAGUAUAUAAUUAUUGGGAACCUACACACUAUCUACUAUACGGUUAUGGACGUGAGACAUGGGAGUAUUCAACAGACUAUAAGAUCAGAAGUUGGGCAUUCGUAUUUGUGAACGCAGUUAUUGGAGCCGUGUCCAGAGUGAUCGCCUCCACAAAGCUACAAGUGUUUUACCUUAUCCGUCUAUUCUUGGCAGCGAUUUGCUCAUAUGUUGAAGCCAGAUUUUAUCGAACAAUUACAGAGGAGAUCAACCCACAUGUGGGACACUACGUUUACGCCAUUUUAUUCUUCAGUGCAGGCAUGUUCAAUGCUUCCACAGCUUACUUGCCAUCGACGUUUGCCAUGUACUGUGUAUUCAUGGCAUUCUCUUAUGCUUUGAGACCAGUCUCUGAUGUGGAUAAUUCUCGUACAUACAAAACAAUUUUUUGGAUUGGAUUAGGUGCUAUCGGUGGCUGGCCAUUUGCUGCGUUGAUCGGUGUUCCCUUCGCCAUUGAAGAAUUACUUAUUUUUGGCCGUGAUACAAUGAAGAAAGAAGACGGUACUAUCGUUCGUUCUAUCGCAAGUAAAAACUGGCGUUUAAGACGACUUGUCCGUUUAAUGGAAGCUACAGUUAUUUGCGGGGUGGGCAUUGCUUUUAUUGUCAUGCUCAUGGAUCAAAUGUUUUACCGUCAAUAUACUGUUGUUGCUUGGAAUAUUAUCAAAUAUAAUAUUUUUUCUGCAGCCGAAGGUCGUGGACCUGAACUCUAUGGUACAGAGCCAUGGUAUUACUAUAUAUUGAAUGGUGUCUUGAACUUCAAUAUUGCAUUCUUGUUAGCUUUGGGUUCAGUAGUUUGUGUGCUUAUCACUGCCUACAUUGAUCGUAAACGUGUACCAGGAAAAACUAAAAUGGAUCAAGUAUGGCCCUAUAUUACAUUAGGUCUAAAACUCAUCCCCUUUUAUCUCUGGUUUGUUGUAUUUUCCUUACAAGCUCACAAAGAAGAACGCUUCAUGUACGUUGCUUAUCCUGUUCUUGCUUUAAAUGCUGGUAUCUCUAUCUACUUAAUCCGUAGUUGGAUCAGUCGAUUCACCGGAUACAUGGGUGCCAGUCCCAAGGUUCGUGUCCUUGUCUUCCAGUACACUGCCGCCCUUAUUCUUGCCGUCUUUGCCUCUUUAUCCGUCUCUCGUAUUUUGGCCACUUUGACCCGUUAUCGUGCUCCCUUCGACGUCUACAGCUCAAUUUGGAAGGAACAAGCUCCUGAUCAACUUGUCAACCGCAACUACAUCCAAGAAGAGUUUCCUAACGAUGUUGACCUCAAAACAAAGAACGUAUGUGUGGGUAAGGAAUGGUAUCGCUUCCCCUCACAAUUCUUUUUGCCAAGUGAUACGCGUCUUCAAUUUUUAAAGACAAAUUUUGAAGGUCAAUUACCCAAAACAUUUGAGGAAGAUAUCAAAGUUGCCACCUAUGAAGUGGAUGGAGAGGAGAGUUUUUAUAGACGUCGUGUUUAUGGCUGGUAUGGUGCUCGUAAAGCACCAGAAGGAUUCAACGAUUUGAAUCUGGAAGAUCCUAGCGUCUAUGUCAGCGAGGAAGAAUGUGAUUACCUGGUAGACACCAACUUCCCCCUCCGUCCUGAGUCUGAUCUCGAACCUCGUUAUAUUGAAGAUACAAAGCAUUGGGAAGUGUUAGAUUGUUAUCCAUUCAUGGAUGCAGAAAACUCGCAUCCUUAUUUAAGAGCCUUCUGGGUCCCAGGUGCUCCCGGUAUUGAAUGGGGAGAUUAUUGUCUUUUAAAGCGAAAAUAAUGGGUCAGAUCAGAUUUUGUAAUAUUUUGUGAUCAUUUUAAAAGUAUUGUACAUAGUUCAUACAAGUAGAAGUAAAACCAGGUUUU